AAAAUACUAUAAGAUAAGAUUGGAUUAUGUUAAAUUAGAGAUUACAAGGCAUUUAGUGUCACGUAUAACUAAUUUUAAUGCUAGUUUUUAAUAAUCUAACUAACUAUAAUGUAAGGAAUUAGUAUUAUCCAAACUUAUUAAAAAUGUAUUUAUUUUAGAAAAUACGAGAAAACCCGACCCGAAUUUCAUUUUACCCGAAGCCCAGCCCACCAAAAACCCAAACCCGUAACCCAAACCCGUAUCUCACAUCGCUGCAAAAUUUCUCACCUCCACUCCAUCCAUCCAACUCGCCGUCCAUUUCCAUCGGAGAAGCCACCGCUAAUUUCUCCGGCGACCGGCGUGGCUCAACCAAUUUGCGGAGAAGCUAUACCGUAGUGACUGUAUACCCAAUGGCAACAACGCCGAUGAUUCCACCCGCGGCGGCGAACCCAGCGUUAGAUGGCGGCGCGCCUCCGCCACCGCAGAUGGUGGCUCCACCUCCUCCGGGUACAGACAUGACCGGAAUCUGUUUCCGCGAUCAGCUGUGGCUCAACACUUACCCACUUGACCGAAACCUAGUUUUUGAUUACUUCGCUCUCUCCCCAUUCUACGAUUACUCGUGCAAUAACGAGCAGCUUCGUCUCCGCGCAACUCACCCCCUCGAUCUCUCCCACCUCUCGAAGAUGACCGGAAUAGAGUACUCGUUGAGUGAAGUGUUGGAGCCGCAUUUGUUCGUAUUCAGAAAGCAAAAACGGGAUGGCCCCGAGAAAGUGACACCUAUGCUAACUUACUACGUCUUGGAUGGAUCAAUAUACCAAGCCCCCCAGCUUUGCAACGUAUUUGCGUCUCGAGUUGUUAGUAUCCCCUUCACCUACCGUUGUUCGGGACGCGCGUUGUACCAUAUAUCCAAGGCUUUUAAUACUGCAGCUUCAAAGUUGGAGAAAAUCGGAUAUGUUGACGCCGAAAACGAGAGUACAUCCUCUGAACCAAAAGCUGCUAAAGAGACCAUCGACUUUAAAGAACUUAAACGUGUAGACCAUAUUCUUGCUUCUCUGCAACGCAAGCUUCCACCCGCCCCACCUCCACCGCCCUUUCCCGAUGGCUAUGCCCCUCUCAGUACAGAAGGAGAGAAAAGCUCCGAUAGCCAGUCAGCAGAGCCGUUGCCACCUGUCGAUCCAAUCAUUGAUCAAGGCCCUUCCAAAAGGAUAAAAUUUUCAGCAUGACAUCGUCUUCUUUGAGAAACCGGUAACUUCUGACUUGUGAUCUUCAUCCGGGAAGCUUAUAUAACUAGGAUAUUCUGAAGUUGAGCAUUGUAAACAUUAUGAACCGAAACGAAAUCGAAGCUGUAGUGCGAAUUCGAGCUACGUUUGCUAGGUGCUAAGUGCUAAAUAUCAUAAAUUUGGUUCCCGGUUUUAUAUUUAUGGAAUUGUAUUUGAUUUACCACCCA